GGACUACCCUCUCAGAGAGAGAGAGACGGAGGGAGAGAGAGAGAGACAUAGAGGAAAACAAAAACAGAGAGAAAGAAAUGGAUGAGAGGGGUGGGUUUUUGGCCAUCUGACGGGAGCAGCACGUUUUAUUCUGCAACCCUGGGGCUCUCAGCGCAGCCUCAGCCAGCGCACCUCGGUAAAGAUGGCAACAAGAGAAAAACAACCUAAACGACUGUUUAUACUAUAGCCUAACGUUUGUUAAACAGGGUAGCAAACAGUGGUAACGAAUUUUAGGACAACGGAAUUGUCCCGUUACUGAGGUAAUCGUUUCAAAUAAGACCUUUUGUUGUUGUUUUUGGUGUGUGUUCAUCUAACAAGUGACUGUGCCGACCGUGCCCCACCGUAAGCAGCGCACAGACCUGUCCCAGGUGCUGAAACCGCCGGUGUUGCGUUUCUGCGGCAACCAACGACCAAGUUCAGGCUACACCGCCAGUAACAGAUUUUUUUUUAAUGAGAACAAGAAAAGGAGAGCGGGGGAGGACAGGAUCUUAGCGCGGUGAAUGCUAAGCAACCCACUAGCCGAGGUGUCGGUCCGGCUUUCGCGAGUAAAUGGGAUAUUCGUUUGGCCGGGCAGGAUGUAAAAAAUUGCUUGAAGGAUGGGGAAACAAGGCUUCUCUGCGGCGACACUGCCACUGCUCGUGUUGGGCUCGCUUACGGUAUCCGUUUCCGCCGGUGACUCAGCCCUGUCGGCUCCUCUCAAUGUGACGAUAAGGGAGCUGGAGGCGAACACAGCCAUAGUCACAUGGGAGAUACUGGAGGGAGAUCCCGUCAUCGGAUUCGCCAUCACACAACAGAAGAAGGAUGUGCGUAUGCUGCGGUACAUCCAGGAGGUGAACACGACCACGCGCUCCUGUGCAUUGUGGGACUUGGAGGAGGACACGGAGUACAUUGUUCAUGUCCAGAGCGUCAGCAUGGGAGGCAGUAGUCCUCCCAGUGACCCGGUCAGCUUCAGAACUCCCAGAGAGUCUGAGAAACUGGCCUCCACAGUACCAGACCAGGUGGACAGGGAGGAGAUGGAACAGGCAGUGCAGCUCAGAGUUGGAGAGCUCAUCAUCAUCGUAGUGGUGCUGGUCAUGUGGGCAGGUGUGAUCCUCCUGUUCUGUCGUCAGUAUGACAUCAUCAAAGACAACGAACCCAACAACAACAAGGACAAAGCCAAGACCUCGUCCGAAUGCAGUACGCCCGAACACCCACAGGGAGGCCUACUGCGUAGCAACCUCUGAAACCAGCCCCCACAGUCCACUCAGCUAUAUGGCAAUAACUCAUCCGAUUCCUUAGGACAGAUCCUGAGACCAAAAGAAGCCAUUCUCAAACUCCCCCGAAACCAUUCAGAACCCUCCUUGCAACAACAGAAACAGACCAGGACUAAUACUAAGACCAGAAUGUAACCCAGGACGCAUUGAUAAAGCCACGACCAGAGUCAAAAAAAAAAAAAACAGUUGUCUUUGAAGCAAACAGAACUUGUUCAUUGCCACUCUCUUUUGAAUUUGGGGAGCCCCUGGAUCCUGGAAACUGUGUGGUCAAUUGAUUGAAAAUGGCCGACAAUGGAUCCAAAAAGGACACCAGUCAAUAUCUUGAACCUGGAUCACUAACUGUCUGAAUGACAGUAUGCACCAUCCAUUUGGAAACAUUUGGAAACGUUGGCACAUAUUGAACAUGACCCCUGGUUUCAGAGUAGCCUGACUGACAUCCACGAGGAUGGGAUGUGUUUGUUUGGUUCCAAGCGAGAGGCCGUGCAUGUCGUCUGCAACAUGACGAUCACCACGACGAUGAUGAUGAGCUCUCCAGCUCCGAGCUAAGACUCCUGACACCAUCUCCUACACCAAUCAGCACCUCAAAGACUACAGCAUAGACCCCACCCAGGAACCCAGCUCAGCCAAUCACAACAGCCCAGCCCACUGUGGACCACAAUCACCCACCAUCCAGAGUGGGGAACCUGAAUAGUGAGAUGACCAGCUUUGUUGACUGUGAGGGGAACAUAUUGGACACAGUGCAUAACUAGCCAGGCUGUUGGAUCCUUCUAAAAUGGAGCUGCCGGAUGCUUCUCCAGCCGAGCCGGACUUCACCCUCUUCUCUUUCUCUACAAGACACAAAAUACUACCAUCAACACACACACGGCUACUGAACAGCUUCUACCCCCCCCCCCCCCCAAGCCAAAAGACAGCAGAAACAAUUCAGCAAAGCAGCCACCGAACAGCAGCUACCACCGAACAGCAGCUACCACCGAACAGCAGCUACCACCGAACAGCAGCUACCACCGAACAGCAGCUACCACCAAACAGCAGAAACAAUUCCGCAAAGCAGCUACCCAACAGCAGCUACCCAACAGCAGCUACCCAACAGCAGCUACCCAACAGCAGCUACCCAGACUUUUUGCUUUGACAGCCUUUGUAUUUUGUUGUUGCACCGCCUCACCACACCUCUAAUACACGCUGCAGCUGCUACUCUGUUAAUUAUCUAUCCUGAUCCCCUAGUCACUUAUAACCCCCCCCCCCUACCUACAUAUUACUUCAACAACCUGGUACCCCUGCACCAGUACUCCUUGUACAUAGCCUCGUUGCUGUCAUGUUGUGAUACCAUUUUUCUUCCUCCUCCUUUUAGCAAAUGUCUUCCUUUUUAACUCUGCACUGUUGUUUAAGGGCUGUUUACCCACAACAAGUUUAGUUAAGUCUACACCGGUUUUAUUCACCACAUGUGACAGAUAACAUUCGAUUUCAUAUAGAAAAUGCUCAAUUGUGACCUUGUGUGUAAAUAAAAUGUACGUGUCCCCAUCUA